AUGGCUAGUAAUGAUGAAGAGCACAAGAGGCUAUACCUGCUACUAUUGCAGGAGUCCAGGAUCCUGCAUCUGGUCUAUCACAGGAACAAAAAUCAGCAUCAAAGAGCUCACUGGUGGAAAAGAAUGAAUAUGCUCAAAAGGAAUUGUGAUCAGGUAGUUAAACUACUCGUAGGGAGAAGAGUGCGGAAAUUGGAUGAAUUGACUCGCCUAUACCAUCUUUUACAUGGUUUUAUCAAGAAGCAGUUGACAAAGACAUAUCAAGCCUUUAAUAAUGUUAUAGCUCUGGGACAAUUUGUCACUAUGGGUGUGGUACUUGUCGGUAUUUUAGCAAGAGUGUAUUCAUCCUAUGGAAAACUUCUAGAAAUCUAUGAAUCACAAUUUAGAGAUGCUGGGUUUAUCAGAGUACCGAGUGAGAAACCUAUGGAGACUAAGCAAUUUAUGGAAUCACUGAUAGAAGAAGAAUUGGGCGAGGCAGUACCGACAGAGCCAAUCAAAACUGUACCACCAGAACCAACUGCCACCAAAGUGCCAUCUGCUGAGGGCACUAGGUCUAAGAAGAAAAACUCCAAGAAGAAGAAGAAAUCUGCAAUCGAUAGCAUAUUUGGGUAA